AUGUCCGCACCAUACAUCUCCAUUCCAGGAGUGCCCAACUUUCGCGACAUCGGUGGCACUCCCAUCGCCUCGCAGCCAGGAAAGGAGGUUCGGCGCAAUAUCGUCUUUCGCUCAGCCAGGCCUACCAUGGCGACACCUAGAGGACGAGCAAAACUCCAGAUGCUUGCCAUUACUCACACGUAUGAUCUCCGCUCAACGCAGGAACUUUCUUCACAAUACUACGACCAACGCAAGGUGAUUUGGGCGGGCAUAACAACUCGAGCGUCAGUGCCAGUGUUCCGGCCUGAGGAAUACGCUCCAGACGCUGUUGUUGCGAGGUUCGAAAAACACGGGGCAAGUUGCGAGGGAUUUGCCCAGGCCUUCUCAGAGAUCCUCUUCUCGGCAAGCCAUGUCCAGAAUAAAGCGCGCCCAUUCGCAACAAUUCUUGAGCAUCUAUCCUCUGAUACUAAUGAACCGACUCCCAUGCUGAUUCAUUGCGACCUAGGAAAAGACAGGACGGGCGUCAUCUGCGCCUUGAUUCUAUCCCUCUGCAGCGUGAGCGACGAGGCCGUGGCCAAGAACUAUUCCCUCUCAGACGAAGAAUUGGCUCCGCAUCUUCCGUCACUUGCUGAUAAAAUUUCAGGGAAUCCAGCUUUUAAAGGCACUCGCAACGAUGCAGAGAUUUUGGUCCGAUCACGAAAGGAGAAUAUGCUGUGCUUCUUGAUGAAGCUUCGACAGAGGUACGGUUCGAUUGAGAAGUGUGUUAUCAAGCACAAUUUGCUCCAGGCUGAUAGCAUUGCUCGACUGAGGCGCAAUAUGAUUGUCGAUGCCUCUACGAACCACUCGAUCGUCGGUAAGCUAUGA